AUGUUCGGAAUUCAAAACAACAAAAAAUUAGCCAAUGUGUUAUUGCUACUGCUAUUAUUUAGUCUAGAUAUAAACGCAGAAAGUCAAAACAAAAGAAGCACUGUUGAUACAGGCUCAUUAGAAGGUUCCGAUAGUUCCAAUAAUGAUAUGGAUAAUAAUGCCAACAGUGAUUCUUCGAAUGAUAUCAUUAGUUCUACCACCACGUCACCCAUUAAAUCGUUAUCUACUACUGUGCUAAACAGUGUUGUUUCUACUUAUACAUCCCCUACUAAAGUAUUAUCUAGUUCUAUACUAGACAGUGCCAUUAUUUCCACACAUACAUCCAGUUCUAAUACUUUUAGUAAAAGUGGUAGUAAAAACACUGAGACAAUUUCAACUCAGCAACAAAGUUUUGCAGUGGAGCCUAGUACAACUGUCACUACCACUAACGCUGACGGAGAAACUACAUUAGAAUAUUUAUGGUAUAAUCCAACAACUACAUCAUCUAAAGCAAGUGCCAGCGGUAGUACUAGUAGUGGCGCUAUUUUGAAAGAAAGUGCUUCUUCAAGUGCAACAAUUGAAGAUUCUUGGGGUGCAUUGGGUACAACCACUUUGGUGAAUUCUGCAGGGGAGACUACUACUUCUACAAUUUGGUGGGCAGCAUCGACUGAUGCUUAUUAUUCGAGUGAAGCUACAGUUCCAUCUGUCACUGUGGUGUUGUCGGACAGUAAAAAUGUCACCAAAGUCUUGAGUUUAUCAACUAGUGUUUCCUCGAUGGUUACCACAUUAAGCGAGGAUUUAAUUAUAUCGACUACCAAUGAUAAGGGUAAAGAUGCUGUUACUACUGUUGAAUCUACUUUUAAAACCACCAUAGUAUCUAAGUAUACUAUGUCUAGUUAUAUAAAUAAUAGCACAAGUAGUAACUCUGGUAACCGUUUAUUAAAAUUGGACAAUGGAAAGAAUGGUAAUAUCGAUAUGCUUAUAAUUUUUUUCGGAGUUACUAUUGGCAGUAUAGCAUUAUUUAUGUAG